CCUUCGGUGGGGUGCGGUGCGGUGGGACGGGCGUGGGGGCCGCGGCCGCGCGUCACGGGGCUGCUUUCAGGCGGAGGAAGGGGAGCGACGCGCGACGUGGGAGAGGAACCUGCGCCUGGUGACGCUGCACAACCUGGAGCGCUCGCUGGGGCUGCACUCCUAUGAGCUGGGCAUGAACCGCCUGGGAGACAUGCUCGGAGGGUUCGAGGGACGUCCCCUCCACCCCCCGGCUCCCCCGUCGACGUCCGGCCGGCAGCCGGGCAGCAGCGUCCCGGACACCAUGGACUGGAGGGAGCAGGGGUGCGUCACGGAGGUGAAGAACCAGGGGGCCUGUGGGUCGUGCUGGGCGUUCAGCGCCGUGGGAGCCCUCGAAGCCCAGGUGAAGCUGAAGACGGGGAAGCUGGUGUCCCUCAGCACCCAGAACCUCGUCGACUGCUCCACGAUGUACGGGAACAAGGGCUGCAGCGGAGGUUUCAUGACCGGAGCUUUCCAGUACAUCAUCGACAACGGAGGGAUCGACUCAGAGGAUUCCUACCCCUACAUGGCUCAGAACGGGACGUGCCAAUACAACGCUUCCACGCGAGCUGCCACUUGCUCCAAGUACGUGGAGCUCCCGUAUGCCGACGAAGCCGCCAUGAAAGAUGCCGUAGCCAACGUCGGGCCGGUCUCUGUCGCCAUCGACGCCACCCAGCCCACCUUCUUUCUGUACAGGUCAGGUGUGUACGACGACCCCCGGUGCACGCAGGAGGUGAACCACGCGGUGCUGGUGAUCGGCUACGGCACGCUGGGCGAGAAGGACUACUGGCUUGUGAAAAACAG